AGUUACUCACACAUCAACAUGGCGACGUGCAGAACGAUGGGGCGAAGCAGGGGAAAUAUUUGUGCUCUUUCUCUGGUUAUUUUCCUUCAGCUGUUAGUCAGUGGCUGCCUGUCAGCUGUGAUAAAGAACAACACAGCAGUAAUAAGUCAAGGGAUGCAGCGCGAGAACACAACACAAAAUGCGUCUCCUCCAAGUAAUAUCACUGUGGACAAGAAAGUAAAUGACACUGUGCCUUCUCCAUCUCAACCGAGUGUAGUGGCUGCCAGAGAAUCAAAGAAGCCUGUAACACCCACUGGCAGUGACUCCGCAGCAGCAGCAGCAGCAGCAGCAGCAGCAGCAGCAGCAGCAGCAGCGACGACUCCUAAAAACAGCUCCACAACAGCCAUUGGACCAAAAGUCACGGAGAAGGAGGAAACCGCUCCAGUCACCAUUAUUGAAACCUCUGACAAUCCUCUGCCGCCAGAACCUGUCGACCCAGUAAUAGAUGAAGUUGCAAAAAACUCAGUAGAAAACCAGUCAACAGACAAACCUGCUGUUGCUGAAACUACCACAACUGCUAUUCCCGAAGUACCCACCACCCGUGUCACAACCCCUGAAUCAGCCAAUCCUGUUACGGAAAAGAAAGCUACAAAAACCGACUACAAAACCUCCAUCGCUCUGAACUCGUCCACAGAGCAGGAACCUGAUAUAGACCUGCAGCCGACCACUGACGGAGGACCCGCACGCCACAUCGAUCUGGAUAAUUACCCCGAGGAGGAAGACGAGGACGAUGACGCUACCUACAACGACGUUUAUGAAAACAACAGCAUGAAUAUGGCCAAAGAGGAGCCGGUGAGCAGGCUGCAGCCCGAGGAGAUGGAGGGUGACGCGCUACAAGGGAGCAGACAGCUACAACACCGAGGACGAGGACUCCCACUUCUUCUUUCAUCUGGUCAUCUUGGCUUUCCUGGUGGCCAUCGUCUACAUCACUUAUCACAACAAGAGGAAGAUCUACCUCCUGGCUCAGAGCCGGCGCUGGAAGGACGGUCUGUGUUCCCGCAACACGGUGGAGUAUCACCGCCUGGACCAGAACGUCAACGAGGCCAUGCCGUCCCUCAAGAUGACCCGGGACUACGUGUUCUGAUCCAGGUUCAUGAGAACAGUUUGUUGAGAGCUGCACAGAGCCAGUUGGCCUUCCUGCCUGUCCGGCCGCGAUGAUGAGAUCCCGUUGUCAUGGAGACUGAGCGAUGCUUUCUGUUGCUUUACAGGCCAACUGGAGAGCACUGUGUCGUUGGGAUAGAUUAUGUUUGUUCGGGACUUUUCUGUUGUCAGCAUAGAGAUAUUUUCACUGUUGAUCUUUUAUUAUUAUUUGAUACAUUAUUAUUUGUAAUUAUUUUCUCAAUUAUGGCUUUUUGGGAUUUACUAUUUUGGUUUAUUAGGUGUUUUAGGUGUUUGAGUUUUUCAGCCUUAUUGUCCCCCUACACCUGUUUUUGUUUUCCUUCUUGCAUACUGUCUUAAUAUGUUUAAUACUCCCUAAUAAGAGAAACGUAGGUCAUAAUAUAAAGCUUAAUUCAUUAACAGUUGAUUAUUUACCCCAAAGAUUAAUUAGGGAUUUCUCUAUUAGCUGUUAGCUACAAUAUCAAUCUAGGAGAAAUGCAUAAAACACAGUCCUUCCAAAAUCUUACUGUAAUAACAUUACUGUAAACUAUUAAGGAACAAUGAAAAGAAGUUGUGUAUCAUGUAGAAGGAGUUUGAUUAUUAUUUCAUAAAGAAAUCAUACAUUCACUGACAUUUGCAGGUCUCCCUUGAAAAAGAGAUCUAUGAUCUCAAUAGGACCAAUCUGGUUAAAUAAAGGUUUGAAAUGAAAUGAAAUGAAAUUUAAAAUAUAGUACACAUUUAUUUUCAACUGUUUAACCAUCAGCUGUUUCCUGUUGCACCUUUGCAAAAAAAUCCAUAAUAGCCUUUCCCUUUUGAUUUCACAUUAUAUAUGGGACGUAACAUCUCUAUUACAUGUUGGGACAUUACGCUGCACAUUAGGGAGGAUGACUCUUCAGGUGGGGGGGACUGUCCAUCUGCUUAAGCCAUUUUAAUGAAGACGGAUGGGGAAUAUUGUUAAAAUGGUUAGAAUGUUCUCAUCUAAUGAAUGGGAGAAAAGCUUUUCCUUGUUCAUCAAUUUAUAUUUGACUUGUCUACGGUACCUCUUCUACUGCCCAGAUUUAGCUAUGCAUAAACCCUCGGGCUGGCCCCCUUUGUUUUAUGACUUCGGUGAAGUCUCUAUAAAUCAUUCAUGGUCUUCAUUGUGGCAAAAUAUAACGGCCGUGUUUCCUCAUGCUCAAACAGAACUUUUCCUUUUCAGUUACUUCCUGUCAGAGUACCGUUUGGUGCACUGCUAUCUCUGUUCGCCAGAUCUGUGUGGCUUGAUGUUCACAUGAUUAAAAAAUCACAAAAAACUAAAACAGACCAUAACUUUAUUUCUUAUUCUUCACAGCCACAUCUUUUUCUGACUGUUGCCGUCUCAUGCCUUUAAUUCCUUGCCAUAACUGCCACAUGCAUCCACAUUGUUGUUUUAAAGCUCUUGUCACUUUUGCCAGUUUUCAGCGGUCAGUUCAUAUUUACAGGUACAGAAUGGUUAGAAUUGUAAUGCGAUUUGCACUGUGCCGUUCAGUCAUAUGAGCUCAAACAUGAGGAGGGGGGGGGAGGGGUGUCCUGCGUAAAGGAGAUGCAUCAACACUGCUCUUGCAAUCAACAGUAGAAAUGUAAAAUCUCUUUUUUUGUCAAUAAAGCACAAAUUGUGUCCUCUCUGUCUUUAA